AUGUCGACUGCCAGACCAUCGAUGAUGUCGUUAAGUGGACGUGACCCCGGUCUAUAUGCUGCUAGUGGUCAUGCAAGACCUUUUAGACCAUGUGCGGAUUGUACUUGCUCGCCUGGUCUGCUUUCAAGACAGGGGAGAAGGUCUUCGGCAUUUUUGAAGCAACUAGAGAAUACUAGGAGAAGAAAGAGCGGUAGAGAUCCUUAUCGGGUCUCUUCCUUGAGUGGCAGUGGCAGUGAGUCAGUAUAUUCUUCUGAUAUGCUUUGCCAGUCUACUAAGGAGAUCAAUACCACGGAGAGACUUUUGCAAUUGCGGUUGCAGAUGAUUAAACAUGAAUUGUGUUGUUACAUUGUUCCCAGCGAAGAUGAACAUCAGUCCGAGUAUGUUUCCCUCGCUGAUCAAAGACGAUCCUUCAUUUCUGGAUUCACCGGUUCUGCCGGGAUCGCGUGUAUCACACGCAACCUUUUGAAUUUCAACGAAAAGGAUCCCGAUGGGAAAUCUAUUUUGAGUACUGAUGGUCGUUAUUUCAAUCAAGCUGCUCAGGAACUGGAUUUCAACUGGACACUGUUGAAACAAGGCGAAGGUCCGCUUACCUGGCAACAAUGGUGCAUCAAUGAAGCAAAGGAAAUGUCGGAGGGACUGGGUGGCAAAGUGGCUAAGAUCGGUGUAGACCCUAAACUGAUCAGUCUAGAGCAGGUUAAGGCUUUCAAGAAAAGAAUACAAGAUUCAACAAACUCAAAUGUUCAAAUAGAAUUGGUUCCCGUGGAACAAAAUCUGAUAGAUGUUAUCUGGAGCACUUUUGAGCCUGUUCCUGAAAGAUCAUCAAACAAUUUAAUGUUGUUAAACUCAGCAUUCCACGGUGAAGAUUUCAAGGAGAAGCGUAGUCGUGUACUGAAGUACAUCCACGAGAAACACAAAGGAGCAGCAGCAUUAGUGGUUGUGGCACUGGACGAAAUUUCGUGGUUUUUAAAUAUGCGUGGUUCCGACAUUGAGUACAAUCCAGUUUUUUACGCUUACCUCCUAAUAGACGAUGAAGGAACAACUUUGUAUACAGACAAUCCUUUCCAAUCCGAUGUUAAGACUUACUUGCAAGAGAACAACGUUGACGUUAAACCUUACGAGUCCAUAUGGGAACAUCUCCAACAGCGUUCUAGCAAUCGUGAUGCCAAAUUUUUGGUCCCCGAUAACUCGUCAUGGCAAUUGAUCCGUCAAAUUGGAUCAGAACAAUGUCAACCAGUUCAUUCUCCGUUGGAUCUUUUCAAAUCGGUCAAGAACGUUACAGAGAUCAGAAAUGCGCGUGUGGCUCAAGUGAAGGACGGUGUAUGUUUAACGCAAUAUUUCGCAUGGUUAGAGGACCAAUUAGUAUCAAAUGAAGCAUUAAUUGAUGAGUACCAUGCCGCGGACAAAUUGACGCAGAUCAGAAAGACUCAAAGAGAUUUCAUGGGCAAUUCAUUUGAGACCAUUUCUUCUACCGGAGCCAACGCCGCUGUGAUCCACUAUGCACCACCAGAGGAUGGAUCCUCGAUGAUUGAUCCUUCUAAGAUCUAUCUGUGCGACUCUGGAUCGCAAUUCAAAGAAGGUACAACCGAUAUUACAAGAACCGUGCACAUGACAACGCCAACGCAAGAAGAGAUCGACAACUACACGCUGGUCCUGAAGGGCAAUCUGGCUGUCGAGAGGCUAGUGUUCCCCGAGGGUACUAGUGGUCUACAUAUCGAUUCCAUCGCUAGACAGUAUCUGUGGUCACGUGGCCUCGACUACAAGCAUGGAACUGGCCACGGGAUCGGAUCCUUCCUGAACGUUCAUGAGGGUCCUAUUGGGAUCGGUCAACGGCCAAGUCUAGCCCAAUUCCCACUACAAGCGGGCAACAUUAUCAGCAACGAGCCCGGUUAUUACAAGGAUGGUGAAUACGGUCUAAGGCUCGAGAAUGAUUUACUAGUGAAGCACGCUCAAACAGCAAGCGGAAAUGGGAAAUUCUUGAAGUUUGAAAACUUGACUCUUGUACCGUACUGCAAGAAACUGAUAAAUGUUAAGAUGUUGACUAAGGAAGAAAAAUUACAGAUCAACGAGUACCAUUCACGAGUAUGGCAAUCAGUCGCACCUCUUUUACAACCACAAAGUCUAAGCUUCAAGUGGCUAAAGAACGAGACUUCUUCUUUAUAA